CUUGUUACGGACGUAAUGGUCUUCAGCCCUAUAAUGCCAAAUCAGAUGAUUAUAUUGCAGCAAUACUAAUGACGGGUAAUCUUGAUAUGUGUUAUCAAUGUAUCGAGGUCAAAAAUAACAAGUCAGGAAAAACAAUUUGCGUCAAAAUCAUCGAUAUAUGUGCAGGUUGUAAACCGGGUUGCAUCGAUUUAACUCCUGGUGCCUUUGCUGCGCUUGGUGAACUUGACCAAGGAGUACUCGACAUAUCUUGGCGCACCGUCCAAUGCCCUAAAGAUGGAAAAUGGCCAAAUUAUGAACAUUCUAAAUAA